AUGUCCAACAGCAGCUCCCUCACUGAAUUCCUCCUCCUGGCAUUUGCGGACACACGGGAGCUGCAGCUCUUGCACUUCUUGCUCUUCCUGGGCAUCUACCUGGCUGCCCUCCUGGGCAACAGCCUCAUCAUCACAGCCAUAGCCUGUAAUCCCCAUCUCCACACCCCCAUGUACUUCUUCCUCCUCAAUCUUGCCAUCCUCGACCUUGGCUCCAUCUCCACCACUGUCCCCAAAUCCAUGGCCAAUUCCCUCUGGAACACCAGGACCAUUUGCUACUCUGGAUGUGCUGCCCAGGUCUUCCUGUUUGUCUUCUUGUUUUCAGCAGAGCAUUCUCUCCUCACUGUCAUGGCCUAUGAUCGCUAUGUUGCCAUCUGCAAACCCCUGCACUAUGGGAUCCUCAUGGACAGCAAAACUUGUGUCAGAAUGGUAGCAGCUGCCUGGGCCAGUGGGUUUCUCAAUGCUGUGCUUCACACUGCAAACACAUUCUCAAUACCCCUCUGCCAAGGCAACACAGUGGACCAGUUCUUCUGUGAAAUCCCCCAGAUCCUCAAGCUCUCCUGUGCAGACUCCUACCUCAGGGAAGUUGAGGCUCUUGUGGUUAGUCUUUGUUUAGUCUUUGGGUGCUUUGUUUUCAUUGUGCUGUCCUAUGUGCAGAUCUUCACUGCUGUGCUGAGGAUCCCCUCUGAGCAGGGCCAGCAUAAAGCCUUUUCUAUGUGCCUCCCGCACCUGGCCGUGGUCUCUCUGUUUGUCAGCACUGGCCUCUUUGCCUACCUGAAGCCCUCCUCCGUCUCUUCCCCAGCUCUGGAUCUGGUGGUGACUGUUCUGUACUCAGUGGUGCCUCCAACAGUGAACCCCCUCAUCUACAGCAUGAGGAACAAGGAGCUCCAGAAUGCCCUGAGGAAACUGAUCUCAUGGACAUUUUUUAGUAGCAGUAAAAUUACUUUUGCUCUCUGCAGAUGA